CGUCUUCAAAUCCAUAUUCCAACAAGAGGCAUCCGUCAGAACUCUGCUGACGAAGGGUAUCGCUGGCAUCGGAAAAUCAGUCUCGGUGCAGAAGUUCAUCCUUGACUGGGCAGAAGGACGAGCCAAUUAGGAUGUAGAUUUCGUCUUCACCCUUCCAUUCAGGGAUUUGAAUCGAAACAAAGACGACCAGUACAGUCUGUUGGAGCUGCUGAGUGACUUCCACCCUGAACUUUCAGAUAUGGAAGACACAAAGAAGGUGGUCGACUGCAAAGUCGUGUUCAUCUUGGAUGGUCUGGAUGAAAGCCAACUUCCACUGGAUUUCCAUAACAACAAGAGGUUGUCUAAUGUAACCAAGACAACAUCAGUGGAUGUGCUGCUGACAAACCUCAUCAAGGGGAAUCUGCUUCCUUCUGCUCUCCUCUGGAUAACCUCCCGACCAGCAGCAGUUGAUAAGAUACCCUCCGACUGUUUUGACCGUGUAACAGAAGUUCGGGGAUUCAACGACCCACUGAAAGAAAAAUACUUCAAGAAGAGAUUCAGUGAUGAUGAGAACCUGUCCAGCAAAAUCAUCUCACACAUAAAGACAUCGAGGAGUCUCUUCAUCAUGUGCCACAUUCCGGUCUUCUGUUGGAUUACUGCCAUGGUUCUUGGGAACAUGUUGAGAGGAUCCUGUUCUGAAGAAGUCCCUAAAACUCUGACUGAGAUGUACAUUUGUUUCCUACUCACUCUGACAAACCUGGAGAACAAGAAGCAUGGGAAAAAUGAAACAGACCUUCGGAAACUGUCAGAGUCUGACGUACAGAUCAUUUUGAAACUUGGAAAACUAGCCUCCCAUAACCUGUUAAAGAGCAAUCUGGUGUUUUCUGAAGAAGAUUUGAGAGAGUGUGAUAUUGAUAUCAAUGAAGCCUUUUUGGGCUCAGGGAUGUGCACAGAGAUCUUCAGAGAGGAGGACCCAAUGUUUAGAGUGAAGUUGUAUAGCUUUGUGCAUCUCAGCAUUCAGGAGUUCUUCGCAGCACUCUAUGUUUCCCAUUGUCAUGCCAAUGGUUUGCCAUGGAUUUCACCAUGGGUUUCACUAUAUUUCGGAAAGCUGGAUACAUUGCAUGACUUACACAGGUGUGCAGUGGAUAAAGCGUUCCACAACAAGAACGGCCACCUGGACCUCUUCCUCCGCUUCCUUCUGGGCAUCUCACUGGAGUCCAAUCAGAUCCUCUUGAAAUGCCUACAGCUCCAGACAGAGGGAGACAAAGAGAGUAUCCAGAAUACCAUCCAAUACAUCAAGGUCAAGUUAUCGACUGAAUGGUUUGUUUCCUCAGAGAGGUGUAUCAAUCUCCUCUACUGUUUGAUUGAGCUGAAGGACAACUCCCUGGUGAAUGAAAUUCUAAAGUUCCUGACCUCCCAAAGUCUCUCCAAGAUUGAGCUGACACCUGCUCAGUGCUCGGCGCUGGCGUACAUGCUGUUGAUGUCAGAGGAGGUGCUGGAUGAAUUUGACACGAGAAAAUACAACACGUCAAGUCAGGGCCGUAGCAGACUCCUCCCAAUAGUUAGAUACUGCAGGAAGGCUAUGCUAGUGGCCUGCUAUUUCACAGACGACUGCGCUGAAAUUUUGGCAUCAGCUAUCCAAAUGCCUGGCUCACACCUGAGAGAACUCAGCAUAAUCUACAGCCAGCUGGAGAACCAGAAGCCCUUCAUAGACGCGCUGGCAGGUUCCAACAACAGACUAGAGUCACUAGACAUCAGUCAUAUCCAAGGGUUUUCAACAACUGAGCUGGAGGUGCUAACUGCUGCACUGAAUCAAUCUUACAGUCAGCUGCACACACUAAGGUUUCCUGGGUGUUGGCUCGACGAGAGCUGCGGUGAAAUUGUGGCUUCAGCUCUGGCGUCAGAGAACAGCCAUCUGAGAGAGCUGGACCUCAGCGACAACAAACUGACAGACACCGGGGUGGAGGGGAUCUCCACUGGGCUUAUGAGUCCACACUGUGAACUGAAGAUACUGAGACUUGUCCGUUGUGAGGUCACUUCCUGUGGAAGUUUGUCCCCUGCUCUAGCAGCCUCCCAGUUGGAGGAACUGCAUCUGAGCUGCAACACCCUGGGCGACAUGGGACUGAAGCUGCUCUCUGCUGGACUGGAGGAUCCACACUGUCAGAUACAGAAACUGGGACUGAGGCAGUGUAAUCUAUCAGAGUUAUCCUGUGAGUCCCUGUCCUCUGUCCUGUGUUCAAACUCAACCCUGAUAGAGCUGGACCUGAGAGACAACGACUUGGGGGAUUCAGGAGUGGAGCGACUCUCUGCUGCCCUGGGGGACCCUCGCUGUGCCUUGCAGGUCUUGGGGUGAGAGGCUCACAUAUUGAUGUAAGCAAACCCUUUUGAAUUGAGUAUGGCACCCUAACUCAUUCCAACUGUUCUCUGCAGGCUGUCUGGU